AUGGCUCUCCAACAAAAGUACAGGUCCCAACGCCGCAACAACAUCCACAAUACUAACUCCAGACCUACCGAACGGUCGAAUAUCCCCCGUAACACUCCAUUUAACCCCCUAUCCCUAUACACGCCACCGCGCCAACGCUCUCCUCAAAGUGCCCUGCAAACCCUCUUCAUCCACUACGAAAGAGUCACAUGCCUAGCCAACGAGCUCCUGGCAGUCAUGCAAGAAACCUACUACCGCGUGGUACCUGAGCCCUUCAAUAUGCAGAUGCUAGCCAAGAUUGAAGAAUAUAGACCACAAUUAUUGAUGGCUACAGAGCGUUUCAAACAGUUUGCAAGAGUGUACCGUCGUGGUGUUCGCUCAGAAGGGGAGUAUGGAAGGCAAAUGGAGUGGGAGGUGGACGCGCUGGAGGGGUUGGUCAGGGAUGCUCAGGAGGCUUUAGUGGGUGCACCAGCCUUCUCUAAAGCACAGGGCUUCAUCCCACUAUAUCAGUCAUCUUUCACGCUUACGAUGCCGACAGAUGCCCACAGCCAGGCACACACCGGCACCUAUGGCCUCUUCGAUGACCCUGAUGAGUUCGCGCAAGCUACCUCCCGCGAAGAAGCCCACGAGAUUCAGCGACUUCAAGGUCAGAUCCGACGACAAAAACGCCGCGAUAGACGUCUAGACCGUAAAGACGAGAAGGCGGCGAAACGAGCAGCCGCGGGAAAAGAGUCAAAAUCGAGAAUAACAUCUUUGUUUGGCAAAUUUUUCGGGGUCAAGAGUUCUGAGAGUAUCCACGAGCCUGCGCAGCCAGUGGACAGUGAUGAUGAAGAUAGACAGGUGAAUAAGAGUAGCGGAAAGCCCGAAUACAUGAUCGUAAGGAGAUCAGUGACACCAAAAAAGGUUUACCAUGCUGAGGACGUCGAUACAUCGGUGAAUAGCCUGUGGUUAAGCGAGUGUGGCAUGGUCAAGGUUAAGAGUGACGACGUUGGUGGUUAUCAUAUCGUGUCCAAGACUGAUAUCGAGAAGAGCGACUAA